AUGGCUCCCCGCGGGAGGAAGCGCGGAGCCCAGCAGCGAGCGGCGGCCGAGGCACCGGAGACAGCGGGAGCCCCGCAGAAGCGGGCGCGGGCCCAGGCCCAAGACGAGAGCAGCCCCGGGGACAUCGGCCCCCGUGUGGUCAUCGAGCACUGCAAGAGCUGACGCGUGUUCGGGCGCAACGCGGCGGCGGUGAGCGAGGCCCUGCGCGGGGCCAUGGCCCACCUCCCCGUGGACAUCAACCCCCGGCCGCCGCGCAGGAACAGCUUCGAGGUGUCUCUGGUGAAGGAGGACGGCAGCACCGUGGAGCUGUGGAGCGGUAUCAGGAAGGGCCCCCCCCGCAAGCUGAAGUUCCCUCAGCCAGAAACCGUAGUGGAAGCCCUGAAGAGCAGCUUGGCAUAGAGGUGUUGGCCAGCCGAGCCAGGACCGGCGCAGGCGGCAUGAGCGUCCAUGAAGAGGCGAGACCAAGUGGGGGGCACCUGCCAGCCCCAGUCCCGUCCCUGAUGCUGCAGCUCUGCCAUUGCCAGACCCCUGGUUCUUUCCAUACCCCGUUGUCCCCACUGUGCCCAAUAAAGUUUAGUACUUCACAGCACA